UCACUGCCUGGGGAAAACACUGGGACCCCAGGGCACAGCAAGACCAGCCGCGAUCCGGCUGUAGCUCCACCCUCCGGGGAGCGGAGACGCCUGACCGGCUGGGCCCCUGCUGCUGGGGCUGAGCCGCGGGCGGGCCCUGCUGGGUCCCCGCCCCGGAACUCUCGCACCCGGGCGCUGUGCGUGCCCCUCUCGGGGGGGCCGGACCUGACCAGGCCCCGUCGCGGGGCGGGGCGGCCCAGCGGCUCCUUCCCGGGCGCGGCUCCCCACCCAUACCUAGCGCGACCUCAUGGCGGCUGGGCGGCUGGCGGGGCUGCAGGCGCGGCCGCUGGGCGCGGCGGAACCGCUGGCGCUGGGCUCGCUCCUGGGCCGCGUACUGCUGGUGAGCAACGUGGCGUCGCUCUGAGGCACCACGGCCCGGGACUUCGCCCAGCUCAGCGAGCUGCAGAGGCGCUACGGGCCCGGGCUGGCCGUGCUGGCCUUCCCCUGUAAUCAGUUCGGCCACCAGGAGAACGCUACCAAUGAGGAGAUUCUACUUUCGUUAAAGCAUGUCCGCCCUGGCAAUGGUUAUGAGCCCAACUUCACCAUGUUUGAGAAGUGUGAUGUGAACGGGGCAAAUGCUCACCCACUCUUCACUUUCCUGAAAGAGGCACUGCCUUUCCCACAUGAUGAUCCAAUGUCACUGAUGACCAACCCGCAGUACAUCAUCUGGUCUCCAGUGUGCAGGAAUGACAUCUCCUGGAACUUCGAGAAAUUCCUCAUUGGGCGUGAUGGCGUGCCUUUCAAGCGCUACAGCAGGCACUUCGAAACGAUCAAGAUCCAAGAUGAUAUUGAAAAGCUCCUUCAGCAUGGUCCCGUAGGAAUGCUCUCAACCAAGCGAAAGUCCAUGCUGAAACUUUUCUCUCUCUUCAGCUCUGCAAGUAAAAUGCUAUUAUCCAUGGAAGUUUUAUUCAUGAAGGUGCUUCUUCCAAAUUCUUCAGGAGGAGCACUUGAUGUAUUCUGUAAAAAUUGCAUGUGAAUUUUUAGCAAACUAUCGCAGGGGAAGCAGCCCUGAACCUGGGUAGCUUAUUGUGAGCCUUUGUGUUACCAAUAAAAUUACUUAAGACCAGA